UUGGUUUAAUGGGAGAGCGCUCUCACACACGCACACGCGUGUGUGUGUGUGUGUGAUUCGCCGUGCAUAGAUCGACUUAGCUUCCAAUGAGUACCUGGUGCGGUGUAUAGUAAACAUCGCCACUCGGGAAACAAAGGCGGCCGGGCGUGGUCCUGACCACCCACUCUCUCGUGUACUGUGCCGGCCUUCAUAGGUGCUUCUCGCUCGCAGCACCUGCCCCAACAGUUUGUUGAGGCUAUACGGGGACUAUUUGUCUCUUGGUGCACCGUGCAUAGCGCACGCACACGCGUGUGUGCAUGGGGGCGUCAUCGAAGCGAGGCACGGGCCAGUGAAGCUCUGGGCCGCGAGGUGACGAGGAUAUGACGGGGAGGAGGAGGCGACCAUACGGGACUGGGUGUGAGCGCAGCGCAGCGCAGCCUCCCGGGACCACUGAGCGGACCUGGUGACCGGGGGACCUGGGACUGCGGACACGUGGCCACCUGGCGACAUGGAUGAGGCUCUUAGCCCAGCAGGUGACCGUGACCUCGACGUGGCGGCCGCCGCGGUCACCUGCGAGUCGAAGGCCACCAAGGCGCAGGAGCGGCAGCGAUUCCUCUUCUUCGAGGAGUCUUGCCACCAGCCGCACGAGGCGGACAACUUCCCCUCUCCGGGGCUGCUGCAAGUUGUCGGACGAAGAGAGCCCAUCGGCAGCAUGUCCUCCAUGGAGGUGAACGUGGAUGCGCUGGAGCUGCUCGACGUCUCCGACCACGAGGUGUUCGCCGGCUCGGGCGGAGAAGACAACACCGAGGCCUCGCCCGUGCCCGAGAAAUUCAAAAAGAAGGCAUCGAGCGCGGGCUCUCCCGCAAGGCGCAGCGUCGCGCGGGCCACGCUGGUCACGAGAGGCGAUCGCUGGCGCGAGAGGAGACAGCCGCCACCGCCGCCACUACCGCCGGAGGAGGCGCCGGCGGAGGCGGGAUUCUCACCAAGCGGCGGUGCGGGAAGACGGCGGCUCGGUGCGCUGGGGGGCGCGUGAGUGGACGUUCGUCCGGCCCGGCGAUUCUUCUUUGGGAAAAAAAACCACGGAAGAGUUCAUUUUUGUUGUUUUGUUUCGAGCGUCCGUCGAUUCGUGAACGUCCGUAAACUGACUCCUCGCCGAGCGAGCAUAGUGCAUUUCCCCAAGUCUGUG